CGGGGACAUGGCGGGGCCGGCCUGACCCGGCCCGACCCGACCCGCGCUCGCCGCCGCGAUGUUGCCGAGCCAGGCCGGGGCCGGGAACGGCGCUGCCGCCGCGCUGGCCCGCGGCUCGGGGCUGGGCCGGUCGCCGGUGCCGCGUGGGGCGAACGGCGGCGGGGCGGCGGCGGGGGCGCCCGGGGGCUGCCUAAAGCGGGAGGCGCUGUACAGCGGCAGCGAGGGCGACUCGGAGUCGGCCGAGGAGGAGGAGCUGGGCGGCGAGCGGCGCGGCGUGAAGCGUGGCCUGGCCGAGGCGGCGGCGGCAGCGGCGGCGGGGCCCGCGGCAGGAGCAGCGGCGGCGGCCGCCUAUAGCGGCGGCGGGGGCGGCGGGGCCGUGAGCGGCGCCAAGCCUGGGAAGAAGACGCGGGGCCGGGUGAAGAUCAAGAUGGAGUUCAUCGACAACAAGCUGCGGCGCUACACCACCUUCAGCAAGAGGAAGACCGGCAUCAUGAAGAAGGCCUAUGAGCUCUCCACGCUAACUGGCACCCAAGUCCUGCUGUUGGUGGCCAGUGAGACGGGCCAUGUGUACACGUUUGCCACACGGAAGCUGCAACCCAUGAUCACCAGCGAGACGGGGAAGGCGUUGAUCCAAACAUGCCUCAAUUCCCCGGACUCGCCCCCACGCUCGGACCCUACCACUGACCAGCGCAUGAGUGCCACUGGUUUUGAGGAGACGGACCUCACCUACCAGGUGUCCGAGUCGGACAGCAGCGGGGAGACCAAGGAUGCCCUGAAACCCGCAUUCACUGUCACCAACCUGCCGGGAACAACGUCCAUCCAGACAGCCCCGACCACCUCGACCUCCAUGCAGGUCAGCAGUGGCCCGUCAUUCCCCAUCACUAAUUACCUGGCGCCAGUGUCUGCCAGCAUCAGCCCCAAUGCCGUCACCAGUGCCAACGGGACAGUGCUGAAGACUACUGGAGCCAGUGCAGUGACGUCUGGGGGCCUCAUGCCGAUACCCACUGGCUUCACCCUCAUGUCAGGUGGUACCAUGGCUCAGCAGGUUCCAGUCCAGGCAAUCCAGGUGCACCAGGCACCGCAGCAAACGUCUCCCUCUAGUGACAGCAGCACUGACCUUACCCAGACCUCUUCCAGCGGAACAGUGACCCUCCCAGCGACCAUCAUGACGUCGUCUGUGCCAACCACCGUGGGCGGCCACAUGAUGUACCCCAGCCCGCACGCGGUGAUGUACGCGCCCACCUCCGGCCUGGCUGACGGCGGGCUCGCGGUGCUCAACGCUUUCCCACAGGCGCCCUCAGCGAUGCAGGUGUCCCACGGCCAGGUCCAGGAUCAGGGUGGUGUCCCCCAAGUGUUCCUGACGGCCCCAUCAGGCACGGUUCAGAUUCCUGUCUCAGCUGUCCAGCUUCACCAGAUGGCUGUCAUCGGGCAGCAGAGCAGCAGUGGCAGCAGCCUGACGGAGCUGCAGGUGGUCAACUUGGACACCUCACACAGCGUCAAGAGUGACUGAGAGGCCUCUGCUGCCGGCCUUCUGUUUCUGGCUUGUCAUGCCAGUGUCGGGGCUGGCAGCAACUCCUUCUCGUACAGACUGCACCAGUUAUUUAUUGUUGCCUUUUCACGUUUCCUUCAUCCACACAUGCACACACACACACACGCACUCACCCACCCCCACACACACAGGCAUGCGCGUGGGGCUGCAGGACCCACCCGGGGUGGAGCCAUGCUGGGGCCGUGCAGGGCUUGGGGCAUUUGGAUGCUGCAAUAGCUGUGCUUGUCUCACGCCAGCCAAAGAAAUUUGUCUUUUAAGGGGAGGAUUGCUCUGCCCUGUAAAUAAAUACUGCAGGCCAUUCCCAGCUGGAGGCUCUGGCUCCUUCUGGGUGCUCUGAGUCACCUUGCCCGUGAGUAUUUACUCUGCAUGGGGCUCAGCUUAGACCCGGAUCAUCGUGCAGGUGCAGCUUGGAGCAGAGUGGGUUGUGGCUGUGCUGCUGGCCUCAGCAAUGUGCCUUUGUGGGGGUGACAGGUCCUGGCCGCAGCAACUCACCCUGGGCUCUGGACAGGAGAGAGGGGCCAGCUUGCAUGUGCAUCUCUGGGCCUGCAUACCCUCUCCCCGGAGGGCAGGGCACAGCCGGUGGCACGUGGCCCUGUCCUCCUUGUAUGCACUACAGUGAGCCCUCUGCCCUCAGUGCCUCCUCGCUGGGCUGCCUGGCAGACUCUCAGCCUGACUGGCCCUGCCCCAGUGGCUGCCCUUGCACAGGUGAGGUGGUGAGAUAGAUGCCCAGGAACACAAAGAUGCCCUGGAGAGCUCCUCAGGGGCCCUGUGCUUGGCUCAGCCCCACACUCUCAGCCCUCGCACUGCUUCUGGACUCCAUACACCCAGGGGAACGUGGCUGGGUCUUUCCUACAUCCCCCUGCAGCUCCAGCCAGCGCUUUCUAAAUUUCUGUGUCUGAUGCAAGGUGGAGAAACAACUCAAAUGUCAAAGGGAAGAGCCCAUGGGGCACUGAGCUGCUGGGCAGGUGGCAGGCUCUUCCUUUGAGCACUAGGGUGACCUGCGGGCCAUCCUGGGCUGUGGGGGAGCAGCUGUGAUGCCUGUACAGGCUCAGUAAGGCUGGGGGAGAAGGGCUGGGGCAUGCUUGGUCCUGCAUGGGAAUUGCUGUGAAUGGCUCUGCUACCUAGCCCUGUCCCUGGAGGGAGAGUGAGCAAGUGAGAGAAGCUGCUGAAUCCUUAGGAGAAGAAGCAGCUACUGUAACUCUUUUUUUUUUUUUUUAAGUUAAAGACAAGCCUUGGAGAGAAAAAAAAAAAAAAGAAAAAAAAGAAAAUUACUUUAUUUUUCUAAGUGUUAAACUCAGUAUUUAUGUAAUUCUUUAAGGAAUAAAAGUUUGGCUCCUG